UGCACUUGUGCAAACUGAGAGAGUCAUCACUUUGGUUAUUUUUUGUACCUAUGAUGUCUACAAAGGUGUGGAUAGUUGCGCCUCGUUGUGCCUGAGGGUUCUGCACCGGGCUUCGCAUGAAAUGAGCCAUUUUGCUCCCAGAGGAGUCGGGGGGUGCCCACCGAACUGGACGCCAUGGACGCGCUGGCCUUUGUGGGACCGAGCUUACCACAGCAGCAGUUGCUGCCAUCGGCACCACACAUUCGGGGAAGCCAGGCACCUUCGCCUCAGCCGUCCAGCGGUCUCAUUCCCUUGGCCUCUGCGGCCACUGUGUUCGUGGCUGCAAGGAUGAGGACCCGCCAGGUGAAGACGGUGAUGUAUGAGAGCCAAAGUAACGUCGAGACAACUGGCAAGUACACAAAGCUCGUGCAAGAGGAUCGGAUGAUCACCGUUGAGGAGUCCAACUUGCGCUACGCUGGCGCUGCUCUCAUCCUGCUCAUUGGCAUCUACAAGUAUGUGGGCAUGAUGUCUGCUGGGGUCUUCAACUACACCUCCAUCGCCGCCGACGCUGCGGCUGCUUGGGCGGUCUUCGAGUCAGGCCGCCAAUCUCUCUGAGGAUGCGUGCUCGCCUUACGCUGGAAUCUGGAUAAACCGUUCUCAAUGACUCAGCCACCUGCGGAGUACAAAGGCUUUCUGAGCAAGAAGAGGCUGCAGGCGCUGCAGCUGGGUGGCCCUUCCGCGCUGGUGGGCGCUUUGGUUGCCACGGUGGCGGCUGCAGUGAACGGAGAGCUGGCAGCCGUGGUUCCGACACUUCAAGGUUGCGGAGCCAUUGGCCUCAUCUCAGUCGUUAUCGCUCAGGUCGUGAAACGACUUGAAAAAUAGAGCCAUCCGGGUGGGUUGUGUCACAUGUGUAUGCUUCUAUUUGUUCGGUG